UAGACAUUGGCUUUAUAUUUGUUGCACGGCUGUAUUCAGCAAUUAUUUUAGGUCAAGUUCAGUUUAGGGUGUUGUACAAUAGUACUUGGUACAAGGCUGUUUUCUGUCGGUCAAGUUACAAUAUCUUAGUUGAGUGAGAAUUAUAUUUCAAUCACACAUUUAACGUCUGGCUAUACUGUAUGUAGGGCGAUACCAAUUUCAUGGCACAUUUUCGUAUAUUUCACAAACGUAACAUUUAAAAAUUAAAUGUCAAGGUUUCAGCUAUUUAAAUAUUAAAUUUCACGGUGGUGUAACAAAGUAUUAACAUGUAGUUAAAAAAAACAGUAGAAACGCUAAAAGAAAAUUAAAAUAAAGUCCAAAGGAUCGCUCUAUGAAUGUUGCGUUUCUGUUAUUUUUUUAUUUAUUUUUUUUUAAACUGGUUUUAAACGUCAUUGUAUGCAACAGUCAUUCAAAAACUAUUCUUUAAAUGCUGUUUCUCUUCAGUCCCUGUCUCUAAGGUGUAAAUACCUGUCCGUGUAUUUAGACACAGCGCUCUGCAUCAACAGAGUUUUUUGGAAUUGACAGGCAGCGCUGAGCUGGGGACGGGUCUGUAGCUGGACAAUCCAGAGUCUGAAAACUAUGAACGUGAACUCUGAAAUGUUAUUUCAUUUAUUUUUCUGCGCAUACUACUAAUUGGUGUGUAUUUGGCUUCCAAAUUAUAUUACAUGGUCCGCUGCAAUAAUGUUUGUAGCGCUUUCUGAUUUAUUUUAGACACAUUUUAUUGACGUCUAAUUUGUCCUUUGACGGUACUACCAGUUGAGAUAUGUAGGUCAUGCUAAACCCGCCCCGGAUGCCCGUGUCUACCAAUCAAUGAGUAUAGUCCAGUUAUUGGUUGUUGUCAAGUGUCAAUCAAUAAAUCCUGCCCAGUUCAUGAUGAGCUUUCUUUAUAAAAUUGAAACAAUUGCAUCAGGACCCUGUAACGGUACAUGGAUAACUUAAUUGGAUUUUAGUACAAGGUAGAAGUACACAAAACAGACCAGAUGUAACGGUGCAGAAUUAAUUUCACCGGCUGUGUGACGUUUUUUCACGGUCGUGAAAUGGGUAGGAUCGUAUGUGAAUGGUGCAAACCACACACUGAGAUUGUGUCCUCAGUUGGCACACGGCUGUAUUCUGAUUAUCCUGUCCUUGUUUUAACCAGGCCUUUUCAAGGACAUCUGUGUUCUAUGAUUUCAUAAAGUUCCCUUACAGGCGAUGUCGUUCAGUAGAAAUUAACCGUUGUCUGCCACAUUGUUUUUUAACUUGUCAUUCCCCAUAGAUUAUGCCUCCCAGGAUACGUUGUUGUUCUUCACAAAAACGCCCAUUUCUAGUUUGAAAUGUUGGGCAAGAUUGUGUAAAUCAUGGGGAAAUACUCAUGUAGUUUCAGCCUUAGAUCAUUGGAGUUCUGGCUAAUUUAAACAGGUAUUCUUGACAUGCUUUAACAUUGCUAGUAAGAGGGCUGCCAUACUGCACAUGGUUUGGUCAUUGUUUUUUGCUGUGCCAUGAAGGGCAAAAACAUCUUAAAGAAGAAUUAGAAAGCCAGUAAACCAUAAUCACAAAUUGUAAACGUAGGUAAUUACAUCUGGUGGAUGCUGACAAUCUUCUCAGCAAAAUAAUUUUCCCCAUAGGGAACUAACCUGCUCUGCCUUGAGUCUGCUGUAUAAAUUGUUGUCCUCACCUGGCGUAUAUCCAAAACAAUGAAAAAUAGAAUUCUAAAAGCUUCCAGAUUGAUAUGCAAACACUUUACUUACGUUCUAAACGAUGCAAGUAUUUAUAACUCGUUUUUGAUCUAGUACUGGACACAAUUAGCUGACUCCAGCUGUGAAAUAAAUAAUUGGCUUUCUGCUCACUUUCUGCUCAAAACGUGUCAGAGCCACGACAGGUCUCUCAUAGGCGCUCAUGGAUAUUGCGUAAAAGGAGCUUUUAUCUCGCAACUCUUGUCCGCUUUAAUAGGUUUUCUAUUAUGUAUGGAUGAUAGUCAGCUUUCCACUACUCAGUAUCGCGUAUCCUUUUCAAACUGGAAGACUUUGAAAUGCAAAUUAAAGACAGACGUGGGUACAGAGGAACUGAUCCAGAACAGACGCAGCUGAAGGGGAGAUAGCUGACAGGAGCUUCAGCAAUUGUGUUGGUGAAGUGUUGAAGAUUUAAUAGAGAAGCAAUUAAUACUAUUAAUAAAUGCUAUGUGUGUUUGUUUUUUUUAACAAAGAUAUGUCAGCCACAACUUCACUAAAUAAGUAAAGCUGGAAAUGUAUCUACUUUCUUGCACUUACACUGGAAGAAGUAUUAAAGGCAUGGCAAACUGAUCGAUUUAUCCACCAAAAAGGAGCGCUCAUGCUUAAGUGGGGGGGUUGUUUGAGUUUAUCAUAAUGGGCUUUGACAUUAACGUUUCUCUGGGGCUAAACGGGAGCUCUGAAGAGGAAAUGCUGGAAAGACGGACGUUCUCCAUCUUCAGCAUUCUCAUGCUGACUUUACUGGCCAUCUUGAUCAUCGCUACCUUCUUGUGGAACCUUUUGGUGCUGCUAACGAUCUUCCGGGUGAAGACGUUCCACAGAGUUCCUCACAAUCUGGUGGCUUCUAUGGCUGUGUCUGAUGUGAUGGUGGCAGCGCUUGUGAUGCCCCUCAGUCUCGUCAACGAGCUUUCUGGUCGAAGAUGGCGACUGGGGAGACUGCUUUGUGAUGUGUGGAUCUCCUUUGAUGUUCUCUGUUGCACAGCAAGCAUCUGGAAUGUGACUGCCAUAGCUCUCGACAGGUACUGGUCUAUCACCAGACAUCUGGAGUACACACUGAAAACAAGGAAACACAUAUCCAGCAUCAUGAUCGCAUUGACCUGGGUUCUGUCAGCGGUGAUUUCCUUGUCCCCACUUUUUGGGUGGGGGGAAGCUUACACGGCAGACGAUGAGAAUUGUCAGGUUAGCCAGGAGCCGUCUUACACAAUCUUCUCAACUUUUGGGGCAUUUUACCUGCCCCUGUCUGUAGUUCUCUUUGUUUACUGGAAAAUUUACAAAGCUGCCAAAUUCAGCAUUGGAAGUCGCAGGCGGAACGCUGUUAUGCCGAUGCCAGGGGUAGUACAGGUGAAGGAAGCGCCUCUGGAACCACAGAUGGUGUUUACCGUGCGCCACGCCACCAUCGCGUUCCAGACGGAUGGAGAGACGUGGAGGGAACAGAAAGAGAGGAAAGCUGCCGUGAUGGUGGGCAUCCUGAUUGGGGUGUUUGUACUGUGCUGGAUCCCCUUCUUCAUCACGGAGCUCAUCAGCCCGCUCUGCUCCUGUAACAUCCCUGCGGUGUGGAAGAGCAUCUUCCUGUGGCUCGGCUACUCCAACUCUUUCUUCAAUCCACUCAUUUACACCGCCUUUAACAAGAACUACAACAAUGCCUUCAAAAACCUGUUUUCUAAACAGAGAUAAGUCAGUCGGUGAACUUUGUGUAUGUAAAACCGAAAAUAUAUCAGCAAUAUCUGUUGAAAAGCUGGUUAUCAGUUCUAUCUGUCCCCUGGACUAAUCUGAAAGUAUUGUGAAAUCUGACCAGUUUGUUUUCUUCAGCCGCAUAACAAACUGGGAGAUGUUGCCCCAGUUAAGAUUGUAAUUAUCUAAAUGCUUUGAUGGAAGAUGUGACAUAAGAUGUCAAGUCUUGGACCAAACAUGGCAACAAAUAUUGGUAAUCAUUCCUGUGCACUGAAACACAGAACUGCUAGAUUGCUGUAACUAUUUGGGUUUGGGUCUCAUUUUGCUGCCUCUGCACAUUAAGACAAUUUGUUAACAUCAUGCUUUCAAUGUAUCAUUUGUAGAUUCUGUUUAUUAUGAAUGACUAGUGCAAGUGUUUGAAGAAAAAUAUACUAGGUGGCAUAUUACAUAUUGGAUUUUCAAUGUACAUGAAUUAUGUUGAUCAAGCCGCACGAUACAAGCUGUGUAACCUACACACAUUAUGGUAUGACUUCACUUAAAAAAUAGGGUGAACACAAAGGCUGUGAUUAUUUUAUAAGGGUAAUGUAAUGAUUGAGUGAAUUAAUAUAGAAAUAAAUAUCAGUUAUA